AUGUCAUCGCGACAAGAUAAAUUAAUUGAACAAUUCUUAUCUGAUGAAUUAGAUUCAGAUGAAUCURUAAUGUACGAUUCAGAUGCCGAUCCUGAAUAUAUUCCUGGUGGAAAUAAAUUGCAAAGUUGCCAAGAAACAUUAGCAUCUAACACAUUCGUUCCUGUUGGUGGAUCAGAUUCAGAUGACAUUUCUGUGAAGGUAAGUUCAAGUGACGAAGAUUGUGAUUGGUCUGACUCAGAUUUGUGGGUAGACACUGAAAAAGAUAUACCGGAUUUCAAUUUUGAUUCAACUCUAUCGGGAAUUAAAAUAAACGUACCCGAAUCUGCUCGAGAUUCACCAAUAGAUUUAUUUAAACUUUUAUGGACUUACGACAUUUUUGAUAUAAUUGUGAAUUCUACAAAUAAUUAUGGUCAUCAAAUUAAAUCAGUAAACCGUCCUCACAGUAAAUAUUCUCGAAAAACAUGUUUCAAUGAAACCAACAAAGAUGAAAUGCAAAAUUUUUUCGGUAUCUGUUUACUUUUGGGUUCAGUAAAAUAUUCCGUAUUACGUGAUGCAUUUUCAAAUAACCCCUUAUAUAGCCACCCUUUAAUAAAAAGAACAAUGUCAGGAAGACGAUUUGAGCAGCUUUUAAAUUGUUUUAGUGUAGAGUAUUCCGGCUUAGAAGUGUGUGAUGAUGGCCCAAUGCGAAAAAUUAAUCCCGUGUAUACACUUCUAAUACAAAAUUUUCAAAAAGCUAUUUAUCCAGAUAUAAAUAUGUCAUUAGACGAAUCUUUACUUUUACAUCGUGGUAAUAGAUUAGGAUUCCGUCAAUACAUUAAGGGGAAAAAAGCAAAGUAUGGAAUAAAAUUUUAUGAGCUCUGUACCCCCGAUGUUUAUGUAUUAAACAUUGACAUGUACAAAGGAAAAAAUGAUUCAAUUUCUCAAGUUCCAUGUCAAACUUCUAAAAUCGACAGCUUAGUAUUAAAGCUUAUGUUUCCGUACUUGGGUAAAGGGCAUUGUCUUUAUAUGGACAACUAUUACAACAGUGUAAUGCUAUCGAACGUAUUAUUAGAYAAACAAACUCACGUAACUGGUACGUUAAGAAAUAAUAGAAAAGGAAAUCCGAAGGAAGUAGUAAAUAAAAAACUUAAAAAAGGGGAACAUGUAUGGAAACGGAGAGGAUUGGUUUACGUUUCGAAAUGGAAGGAUAAACGAGAUGUAGUAUGUAUUACCACUAAUCAUAAACCAACCAUUAUUUUAUCAACAAAUAAAUAUGGUCAAGAAAGAUUUAAGCCUAUUGAAAUCGUGAAAUACAAUGAAUUUAUGAGUGGGGUAGAUCGUGCUGAUCAGAUGAUUAGUUACUAUUCUUGCCCUAAUCUGUUUGCCAAUUAG